AUGUCACUCACAUCACGAAUAACCCUGACGGGAACAAAUGAGGACGAGCCAGAGGACCUACUCUCCAGCGCCCUGGGCGUGAUAUACCCGGACGACGUGACCAACCAGCACGGAGACGCCGACCAUCCCCUCUUGUACACGUCGCCGCACCUGCCCGGCCCGCCGUUGGGGUUCGACCUGAUGGACCCUGAUGCUGAGAGGGAGAGGAUGCUGUUCAGCCAUUACAUGUGGAAUGCUAGUCUGCUCAUGGGGGAGCUGGUCGAGAGGGAUACACUUGGCCUAGAGGGUGAGGGCGAGGCCGGACCCGGAUUCGGACCCGGGAUGAGCGAAGGUGUAAGUGGGGUUGGGGUCGGGAUCGUUGACGGGACCACAGCGGGCGGAGCGAGGGACCCGAACGAAGCGGGGACAAGGACAUUUGACGUCAGGGGAAAGUCAAUCGUCGAGCUAGGUGCCGGUACUGCACUGCCGAGCAUCAUGGCCGCCAUACUCGGAGCGUCGCGCGUCCUGGUCACGGACUACCCCUCUCAACCGGUGCUCGAGAUGCUGAGGGGCAAUGUCAGGAGGAAUACGGAGGGCAGGACGGGGAUUGCGAUCGAGGGUACGACCACGAGCAUGCCCGUCAUCGAGGUUGAGGGUCACGAGUGGGGUGUGUUUGAGCGAAGCGAGGAGGAGGAAGAGAGCAAGGAUGGCGAGGGCAGAGAGGACCAAGAGAACGAGAGCGAGCGCGGCGAGGACCAAAAAUUGGAGAAGAAGAGAAACAAGUUUGAUAGGGUGAUUGCAUGUGACUGUCUAUGGAUGCCAUGGCAGCACGAAAACCUCAGGAAAUCAAUAGGUCACUUCCUAGCUCCCGGCCCCGAAUCGAGAGCAUGGGUCAUUGCGGGGUUCCACACCGGCCGAGCCAAGAUGGCCGGCUUCUUCGAGACGGAGGCCCUCCGACGCGAUGCCGGUCUGGAAGUGGAGCACAUCUGGGAGAGGGAGUGCGACGGCAAGGAGAGGGAGUGGGACCCCGAGGGGGAGGAGGAGGAUCCCGGCAUGAGGAAGAGGUGGCUCGUCGUUGGUAUCCUCAAGAAUGCCACGGGCUCAUCUCAGAACCAUAGCAUAUAG